CGGGGUGUGUCCUCAAUGCUCAAAUUUUCUGAAUAUCUGCAGACAAAAACGGCUCAGAAACUGAAUUCUGACAAACCGAUAAUUUUAGUCCAGCCAUCAAUUAUUGGAGGAUCUACAGCAACAGGAUGUUUCCUCAAGCUUUCAGCUUGCUUGUUUUUGCUUUAAGUCAAAGCUCAGUAUACUGCACAGAAAAUGGCUCUGUGUUGCUUCCUCGGACUUUCUCUGGUCGCUUCGUUCUGGUAACUGAAGAACCUGUGGACUACAUUGACCUGUCCGCAUUGGACAGCGAUGACGAUGGCUCAGGUUUUGAGGCCGAACAGAAAGUGGUGAAAAAACACGGCCACCACCAGCAAAAGCUCUACGUUGUCUCCAAGGAGGCAAAGGAGUUUCUCCAGGGUCGCCUUUCAACCAGCUUUGUCCCAACAGUUUACACCCUGGUCUUCAUCAUCAGCGUGCCUCUCAACCUUCUAGCCAUGGUGAUGUUUGUCCACCGCAUCCGGCCAAGGAAGCCUGCAGUGAUCUACAUGCUGAACCUGGCCUGUGCUGACCUUCUGUUCAGUCUUUUCCUUCCAUUUAAAAUUGCAUACCAUUACCAUGGCAACAAUUGGAUCUAUGGGGCUUUCCUGUGCAGGAUUGUCACAGCAGCUUUUCAUUGCAACAUGUACUGCUCAGUGCUGCUCGUCAUGUGCAUCAGCGUGGACCGUUUCCUUGCUGUGGUUUACCCCAUGAACUCCCUGACAUGGCGGAGCCCUCAGACUGCUGCAGCCAUCUGUGCAGCCAUGUGGCUCCUAUCCCUGGGAGGAGUGUUCCCCCUCCUGCUCUCUGGACAGACGCUACAUUUAUCAGACCUUGGAAUUACUACCUGUCAUGAUGUGCAGGCUGUAGAGACCCUACAAUCUUAUUAUCUCUACUUCUUCCCCAUAUACUCUUCCAUCUUCUUCUUCAUACCUUUUGUCUUUACUAUUGUCUGCUAUGUUCGAAUCAUUCAGGCUUUAGCAGCAGCCAAUGUGGAGAACCGCUCCAAGAAGACUCGGGCUAUAGUGAUGGCUGUGGUGGUGCUGCUUGUGUUUAUGGUCUGCUUCACUCCUACGAACAUCAUCCUGAUGUUUCACUAUGUUUAUAUUAGCCACUCAUCCAGUGAUCAUUCCUACCAGGCCUACCUGUUGUCUUUGUGUAUAGGCAGCCUCAGUUGCUGCCUGGAUCCACUCCUGUACUAUUAUGGCUCCUCUCAGUGCCAGAAGCAGAUGGCGGCAAUUUUUAGGUGCAACCAACUUCCACCAGCAGAGAGCAGCUUGGACACACACAGUACCCAUAGGAGUGGAUCAAGCAGCAGGUCCUGUAAGAUGGAAAGGAUGCAUACUGUCCUUGGAAGCCAGUACAACAAGCUAGUGGCUUAGGCUAAUACAUGAUAAGAGACUGUCUCCUAAAGUAAUGCAAACUUUCCCAUAAAGUCUCAUACAGAAUAAUUUUACCCCCCCUUAGGCUUUUCCACUUUUAACAUGUUUUUCCACUAAAUGUAAUUUAUUGUAAUGGAUUUUCAUAAAAUACUCAUGUUAGAUGGUGCAUGGUUUGGGAACAGGAUGGAAAAGACUAUGUGGCUUUCUCUUUGAAAGGACAAAUAGCUGCAAUGUAAAAUGCAUUUCUAUUUGGCCUUCUUUUGAAAACCAUAAUUUUACUGCAAUUAAUGCUACAACUCUCAAUUAUAGAGCUCAUAGACUUGCCAUUUCUCAUCUAUGAGCUUCAGUCACAUCCUAUUCCUAGUCCAAAACUUCCAUGUGAUGUAGGUCAUUGCAGCUCUUAUACUGUAGCUGCAGCUCUUCUGGGAAAGCUGUCCACAUGGUUAAACAUGUUUAUGGGAAUGUUUGUGCAUUUGUCCUGUCAAAGACUGAUGCAGUAUAUGAAGGCCUGGCUCUCAGUCUACUCUAAUGCAUCCAAAUGGUUUUCAUGUUGAAAGUCUGCAAUCCCAUCAACAUCAAACUCUCAUGACUUUUGGACCUUACUGAGAGCACAAGCGGAAAGUCAUGUUUCUAAAGUCAGUAGGUCCUCUCUAAACUGGUUUGCUGAGGCAGAUGUUCUUUUACCGGGACUAAGCAUCCAAGCCCAAAUAUUUGGAUAUUUAUUUGGAUGGUUGAGAAACUACUGGCUUAAUAAUAUAGUUAUGUCUCUUAACAGUUUAAUGUGAAAACACUGAAAUUUUAUUCAUUCUUUGCAGAACAGCUCAAGCUACCUUAGAAUGGAUAAAUUAAACUUUGUUUCAAAUUUGACUCCAGCUUUAAUCUUUUAUCACCUCUUACAUUUCCUCUGUCAGGGUUGACCUCUGUCUGCCUCCAUCCAUCCUCUCAUUAAUGUUUACGAGCUUCCGUCUUUAAUGAAGAAAAGCCUCCCCACACAAUGCUGCCACCAACCUGUUCCACCAUGGGGAUGUUGUUUUUCCACACUGUGGAUUGUAUUUUUAUUAUUGUAGCAAACUGCAAUAUGGGACUAUUCAGGCCAAAGUAGCCGCAUAAAUGAUAGAUGACAGAGCCUAAGCCUCUCUGCUUAUUCUUUAAAUCUCAUCUUGUCUUGUCUUUCAUUUGCCAAUUCAGGCGUGGAGUUCCUAACCUUUAACAGUCUUGAAUGUUGGAUUGAUCCCUGCAGUUCAUAGAAAAGGUGUGCUCUAUGAAAACAAUACAAAAGGAGGACUCUAAUAGGAUUUUUAAUGAAGGAUAUUGGCUGGAUUAGGCUUUGAUUUGAUAUCAGUAAAGAGGAAUGAACACACACUGCACCCUGUCAUGGUUUAUUUAACAUAACAUAAAAUGGGAGGAAAUUUGUGCCAGUAAUGUGACAAAAUGCAGAAAAGUAAUGAUAGUGCUUAGAUUGGACCAAAACAAAUCUUGCUUUUGGUUUUUGUUCGUGCACUGCACCCACCUU